AUGAGUGUGACUAACCCUUACGACGAGAUCGUCACCAAAGCCACCAACGAGAACCUCACGUCGGAGAACUGGGAACUGAAUCUGGAUGUAUGCGACAAGGUCUCCGGGGAAGGCGAAGUAGGAGCUCGAUCUUGUGUCCACAGCAUCUCCAAACGACUUCAGCACAGGUCUGCCCACGUUCAAAUCUACGCUCUGACACUGUGCGAUGCGCUUUCCAAGAAUUGCGGUUCCAUCGCUCAGAAGGAAUUGGAUUCGAGGACGUUUGCAGAAGCGCUGCGAAGGCUCAUUGUCGAUCGAAAUGCAAGCAUCGAGGUCAAGAAGAAAUCUUGGGCGCUCAUGAAGGAGUGGGUCGCCGAAAGCAACGCUGAGACGGGCAGAGUCUUGAAGGAGACGCUUGACGGUCUCAGCGCGCAAAGUGAGUGGCAGUUGCCUGCUGCACGACGCCGCUGCUGAUGAGCUGGUAUGCGUGCUCAUGCUGUCCCGCAGACAUCAAUUAUGACGUGGAGCCGGAAGCAGCUCCAGAGCCUGUGAGUCUGCUGCUGGCAUGACUGCUGCGCUGAGAUACGCCUGGCUGACCCGUGAUGUUUCUUGACCCACCAAAGUCGUCCGAGCAGCUGCGUCAAGAAGAUGAAGAACUUCGCAGAGUACUCGAGCUCUCCAAAAGCGAUGUGGGCGGCCGCUAUGGGGCCAAUGGCUGGUUCGAGAUGCCGGGUGAGACGUCUGGCGCCAGCGGAAGUGGAAGCACCAAUAGAGCGGGUAGCAGCAGAGCAGAGCAGAGCGUCACUGCUGCAGCCGCUGGAGAAGCCGUCUCUAGUACUGUCGCAAGCACUCUGAGCAGCAGACCGAAUGAGCCUUCAAGCAUUGCGUCGACUACUGCAGAGAUCUCCCGACCUGAUGCCACUGGAUACAUUGCGAGACCGAGCGCAGCGGCAGCUCAGAAUGAUGUUCGACCGGUGAUCCAGCCUACGACAGCUGCCACGACAUCUGCACCGCCUUACGCUUCCCGACAGUCCACCAUCAUUCCGCCUGCGACGAGUGUGGCGGCGCAAAAUCAGGCUGAAACGCAGCAGGCCGCUUCGCGCCCGAACAUUGCGACGUCUCAUACGGCCACUGCUGUCCCCGCAGCACCUCAAGCGCAGAACGCCGUUCCAGCCGCGAACACCACCGCUCCACCUGCACCAUCAGCAGUAGCGUCGCCAAUAGCUAACGAUGCAGCAGCUACACCGAGCGCACCGUCCCGAGUCAGAGCCCUCUACGACUUUGCACCUACCGAGGCAGGCGAGUUGGCGUUCUCCAAAGGUGACAUCAUCCGAGUGCUGGACUCCGUCUACGAGCACUGGUGGCGCGGUGAGCUCAGAGGCAAUGCAGGUAUCUUCCCUGUGAACUAUGUUGUGAGUCCAACGCGACCGCAUUCUCGAGAGAAGCCACCACAGUGCUGACAUCCUCUUGAGCGGUGUCCGUAGGAGGUCCUGCCAAACCCCACACCAGCUGAGCUUCAGCGUGAAGCGGAGCUCGAAGCGCGACUCUUUGCGCAGUCCGGCAGCAUCGACAAUCUCAUCACAAAGCUCAAUGAGCUGGAUCCUGACCACGACAAUCUGGCUGAGAACGAGGAGCUGCAGGUGAGUCAAAUUGUUGCAGUGCGUCGACAAUGUUUUGCUACGUCCUUACAACGCCUUCGCUCUUCCAUAGGAAUUAUACCAGACUGCGCUCUCACUGAGGCCAAAAAUCGUCAAGCUCAUCGAUAGAUACAGCGUCAAGCUCGCUGAGCUUCGAGCCAUGAACGAAAAGUUUACCAGAGCCCGUGGGACAUUCGACACUGCCAUGGAGCAAAGCUUAGCCAAGUACAACCCCGGCGCUCCCACAAGCACAUACACCGAAGUAAGACCAGAGUACUCUCAGCAGGUCCAGCGUCAACAGCAGCAACAGCAACACGAUUACAGCCAACAAUGGGCUCAGUGGUACGCUGCUAAUGGCUACACGCAGGCGCAGCAGCAACAGCAGCCGCACCCUAACGAUCCAAAUUACGCCGCCUGGUACUACGCACAGCAACAGCAGCAGGUGAGCUCCGUUUUGCCCGCCUGCCUCCAAACGCAAUGCCAACGGCUGACAUCUUCGCGAUGAAUCUGGCAGCAAUACGCCCAAGCUCAACACGGCGUUUCGGCUCAAACAGGGCAGCACCAGCCCCACGCGCACAUUCCCGCAUCCUUGACAGAAAUGCAAGGUUCUGCACCAGUGAAUGCGCCUCAAUCGCAGCCGGUCGCGUCACCACAACCUCAGCCGCAGCAGGUCGCAGGAGGCCCCUCGGCACCACAACCUCCAUCUCAGUCGCCGCUGCCCCAGCCUCCAGCACAAAGCUCGGAGGCACCACAUGAUGAUGAGAAAAAGCGACUAUUCGAGAGGGCCAGAGCUGAGGCUGAAGCGUAUCAUCGGGCUGCGCAACAACAUCUGCAGUCGCAAGCACAGGAUAGUGGUGCAGGACCUUCGACUUGA